UCACAGUCGGCUGACAACAGAGCAGGGAGCACAAAACAGAUAAAUGCGUUAGAUAUUGGCGUUGAAUAAUCAGUGGAUUAAAUAUUUUACCAAAUUGCAAGCCAUGGAGUUGUCUGAAAUACUGUACAACAAAGCGGAGUACAUUGAGACGGCUUCUGGCAACAAAGUGAGCAGACAGUCAGUGCUGUGUGGAAGUCAAAAUAUCGUCCUCAAUGGCAAAACUAUUGUCAUGAAUGACUGCAUCAUCAGAGGAGACCUGGCUAAUGUCAGGGUGGGCAGACACUGUGUUGUGAAGAGUCGGAGUGUUAUUCGGCCGCCUUUUAAAAAGUUUAGCAAAGGAGUGGCGUUCUUCCCACUACACAUCGGAGACCACGUCUUUAUCGAAGAGGACUGUGUGGUCAAUGCAGCACAGAUUGGUUCCUAUGUCCACAUUGGCAAGAACUGUGUCAUAGGUCGCCGCUGUGUGCUGAAGGACUGCUGUAAGAUUUUAGACAACACUGUGCUUCCUCCUGAGACAGUGGUGCCACCUUUCACUGUCUUCUCUGGAUGCCCAGGUCUGUUUUCAGGAGAGCUCCCAGAGUGCACGCAGGACCUGAUGAUUGAUGUAACCAAGAGCUACUACCAGAAGUUCCUGCCUCUCAGCCAGAUCUGAGACCCACCCUCAAAACCUUCAGCAGGGUCCACACCCUUUCCAGCCAGUUCCAGGUCAGGGUUUGGUCUUGACUGUCAAAUUGAAAUGGACUCUUAGAGCUCAACUCCUAUCCUUCAUUUACCAGAGGCCUUGAGUUUCUCUGCCCAAUGAAAAACAAUUGGUCCUGUUUAGAGCCCUUCUAUGAUUCUGUUUUUUGAGUAUGAGAAAAAGCACAUAGCUAAUGGAAUCUGAUACAGCUGCAGAGGCAGUUUUGUGUUUGCAGCUCCAGAUUGCAGAGAGUCUUGAAAUGUCUUUUAAAUCUGAAAAUACUAUAAGGUGUUGUUACCAAACUGUACACAGCAUGCUUAUGUUUACCACCCAGCUAGUCCUCUUCAAAACCCCUUAGUCUAUUUCUGUUUCCUAUGAAUGUUAUGAUUUUCUAAUGAAGCAGAGUUAUGUAGUCAUAGAUCAUUUUUCCUGGUCAGGGUGCCAUGGUCCUCCGUACGGCUGCUGAUAAUAACAGAGACCCAGAGAAAGAGAUAAGCCCAAGUGUAGGAAGUUAUUGCUUCUUGGCAGCAGCAGUAGGUGAAGAUGAGGAGGUGGAGGAGCUAUGAAAGGAAAGGAGGUGAAGGGUGGAGGUGUUUGAAGGAUGUGGGAACACAGCUUGUAAGAUACUGUACAACAUCCAUGGACCAAAACAAUAGCAAACAGUUGUGUUUGAGGAUGUUGGCUGUACAUGUGCAUUAUUCAUAUCCACAGUUCAUUUGGACAACAGAGCAGCACAUUCAAGAAGUUGUUUUAAUUUUAAUCUUGAAGAUUGUGUGUUUGUUUGAUUUCUCCUUCACUGGCUUAUGCAAUUUGUCAUAAUACAUCUUUAACAUGGUUUGGAAUUUAAUUCCAUUAUGUUUCAAACAAUCAAAUCAACUGCAGCAUUGAUUUGAACAUCUCAAAUAGUGAAGCUUAUAAAUAAAUAUGAAUGCUUGAAAAUCUGCCUGGUAUGAGCUGGCCUCUAUCUUUGGAGCUUUCUUUUUUUAAAAGGUACACCGUGGAGUAUUGACCACUGGUAGUGCUUUGGAGCAACAUCUUUAUGAGUAGGUCCUUGUGUACAAGCACAAAGAUGUGCAUGCAUGCGCUCAAGGCUCGAGCAUGUAGGCAUUACUUUUGUGUGUUUCAUACUGUUCUGCAUGUCAUAAAUUGGUGGUGGUAACCUGCAAAGAAGCGUAAACAGCACAUCAGUGAAGGCAGGGAAAAAAAAGACAAGAAAUGUAAACAAUUUAGGAUUUACAGAGAGUUUUAUGAGGAGAUACAGUCUAGUCAUAAAGCCCUCAAGGUUACAGAGUGUGUUUUGGUAAGACUGAAUAAUAGUAUAUAUAAUAAUAAAAAUAACCUUUGUUUGUUUACAAAAACAUUCAACAGAGCACCUGUAAACAUGUAGCCAGCACCUUUUAAGGUGCCCUGUGGAGUUCUCUUGUAAACAAACAAAAGUUGUGUUUAUACUCAUUGUUGCUCACCAAAACACAUCAAGUGUAUGCUUCAAAUCUAACAAAUGUGUUGAAUGCAUUUCCUUUCACAUGAAACAUCUGCAAAGGCAUGCAUGUGCAUCCGGAACGAGACAGACAAACAAAACGGGAACUCGCUCACAAAAUGUCUCUAUAUUGUUACUACAGGUCAAAAUCUUCUGUGGGUAACUUUACGACAACAGAAAGGCUCAGAGAAAGACUCAGGACAGCAGUUUUAUCAGAAACUUAUAACUGUGGGUUAAAUGCUAUGCUACAGUAUGGGAAGAAUAUCAUACAUAAGCUUUGCAGGCUUGUCUUCCACAUUUCUUCAUAACAGGCACUUGAUGUGGAAAAAAAAGAACAUGUCUUUCUAACGCUGUCCUCUGGCACCACCUAGAGGCCUGUAGCGGCAUCUUCUUUCUAAGAAAAGCGUUGACCCUAAUCUAGUCAGGUAAAUUCUGUUGACCUUAAAUAGCUCAGCCCAGAAAUUAAGUCACCACACCUAUGUUCUUUGAGGCUGAUAGGGAAAACAAAAACAAUCCCAAACCUGUCAUUGACAGCUCCACAGUAUUUCAAAUACAUGACUCAGGUAUUUGAUUUCACUCACCUGUAAAUAUCAACUACGUCAACGGUCUGUACAAGAGCAAAUGAGGUGAUUGGCACAUUUCUGUUUCUUAACACACUAAAGGUUUUUCUUAAUACCAUACAAAACAAUAAUUUCCAGAUUUUUCUUGCUUCUUCAUUAUGUCUUGUGAAAUGUUUUUCAGUCUCUAGACCUUCAAACAAACAAUUGAAUCAUAUACACUAAAACUGAAAAUUAUUUGCAUGUCAAAAAUAUGCAGGGUCCGUGCAGUCUAUGGAGGAAACCUGUGGUGAAAAUUGAGAUUACAAAAUAAACCCAAGCUUCUUUUA